AUGACCACGGUUCGGACGUUUCUUAGUGUUGCUGCAGCAAAACAGUGGGAGUUGCAUCAGAUGGAUGUAAACAACGCUUUCUUACAUGGGGAUUUGGAGGAGGAAGUGUAUAUGCAACUUCCACCUGGUUUCCGUAACAAUGAAAAUAGAAACUCAGUUUGUUUGCUGAAGAAGUCUCUCUAUGGAUUAAAGCAAGCUCCAAGAUGUUGGUUUGCUAAGUUGAAGGGAGCACUUACACAAUAUGGCUUCAAGGAAUCACACUCCGAUUAUUCCAUGUUUCACUUGCGACGUGGUACAUCUGAAAUCUACAUCCUAGUGUAUGUAGAUGACAUUAUCAUUGGUGGUAAUGAUACAUCAGGCAUAGCACAGUUCAAGCAGUAUCUCGGCGAGUGUUUUCAUAUCAAAGACCUGGGGUCGCUAAAAUACUUCUUAGGGAUUGAGGUGGCAAGAAAUAAUGAUGGUAUUUUUCUCUGUCAAAGAAAGUACACACUGGAUAUCAUUAGUGAAGUGGGAUAUCUAGGAUCACAGCCUGCUGCGUUUCCUAUUGAACAACAACACAAGCUUGCUCUUUCUGAUGGUCCAUUGUUAAAAGAACCAGAACGUUAUCGACGGUUGGUAGGGCGACUUGUGUAUCUUUUGGCUACUCGACCAGAUUUGACUUAUGUUAUUCAUGUUCUGUCUCAGUUUAUGCACAGUCCUAGAGCUGAUCAUUGGAACUGUGCAUUGCGUGUUGUGCGGUACUUAAAAGGAACGCCGGGACAGGGUGUGCUAUUGUCUUCUGAGUGUGACUUAAAGUUGUAUGGCUGGUGUGAUUCUGAUUGGGGAGGUUGUCCUCUGACGAGACGAUCCGUGAGUGGUUGGUUCGUCACACUUGGUUCUUCUCCAAUUUCUUGGAAGACUAAAAAACAGAAGGUUGCAGCUCGUUCUUCUGCAGAAGCAGAGUACCGGUGUAUGGCGUUAACUGUUAAGGAGCUUGAGUGGUUGCGACACUUAAUGGCUGAUUUUGGGGUGUCUCAACGUGAACCAACAGACUUACAUUGUGAUAAUGAGGCCGCUUUGUACAUUGCAGCCAAUCCAGUGUUUCAUGAGAGAACUAAAGGAAUAGAGAUAGAUUGUCAUAAUGUUUGGGAUGCUAUACAAGCUGGAGAUAUUCGAACACAGAAAGUUCAUACAAAGGAGCAACUCGCAGACGUGUUUACUAAGGCACUUGGUUGUCGCGAGUUUGAAAACAUGGUUGCCAAGUUGGGCAUUUGGAAUCCGCAUGCUCAACUUGAGGGGGGUGUUAGCGAGAUCUUUGGAGAUUUGGAUUACAUUGGAAUAUAUUUGUGA